AUGGUGUUGGCUAAAAGAACUAAUAUACAAUUUGGAGGUGUUUUGUUAUCUUUGGCCGGAUGGAUUCUUUCUUGCGUCACUACCUAUGUACCUCUGUGGAAAAACCUGAACUUAGAUUUAAAUGAGUUAGAAAACUGGACUAUGGGUCUUUGGCAGGCUUGUGUUGUUCAAGAGGAAGGAGGGAUGCAGUGUAAGGAUUAUGAUUCUUUUUUGGCUCUGCCUUCUGAACUAAGGAUUUCAAGGAUUUUAAUGUUCCUAUCCAAUGGCUCAGGGAUUGUCGGUCUCCUAAUUGUUGUUCUUGGUUUGGACUGUGUGAAAAUUGGACAAGAAAAACAGGAGCUGAAAAGCCGCCUUUUACUUCUUGGAGGAAUACUGCUUUGGACUUCAGGAUUGAGUGCUCUAGUUCCUGUCUCCUGGGUAGCAUAUGAUACUGUUCAGGAAUUUUGGGAUGAAUCUAUCCCAGAAAUUGUCCCUAGAUGGGAGUUUGGGGAAGCAUUGUUCAUGGGAUGGUUUGGGGGAUUUUUCCUUAUUGUAGGGGGCUGUUUACUUUCCUACUCAUACUGUACUGCACCUUCUGAGCCUAUCUCUGAAUGUUACAUACCAACACACCAGCAUGACAAAUGUUUGCACCUGGACCCUAAAUACCCAGACCUGACCAUCUGA